AGAAUAUGCAAGCCCAUUUUUAAGAGAAGGAAGCUCUAGCUGACAUCUUUGGUCAUGUAAAAGAUGUAGAUAUACAAAUCUUUGGGGCUAUAUUAGAAAUAUUUCGAAAGGAGUAAGUUUAAGACAGCAUUGGAUAUCUUUCAGAUAACGAGAAUCAAAGCCAAUUAGAAUCAUGUAUCUUACAAAAAGGGGUUGAUAUCACCCAGGCUGAUAAAGAAUAGAAAUUGUCUGUUGUUAGAAAUGAAAUCAAAAAAAUCACAGAAGUCUUAAGAAAAUUAAAAGAUCAUGACUUCAAUAAGAUAGAUUUUUCCUCUGAAGAAAAUGAAGAAUCCACAUAAAGUUUAAUUAAUAGUAUCAAGGAUAAUAGAAUGAUCAUUAAAUUUUUGGAAUAUUUAGUUCAACUCACAUCCAUAGAUGAAACUUUUAUACAAUGUGGGUCAAAUUCAUUACAUAUAUUAGUUUAAAUGAAGGUGGACCUUAGAAAUAAAAGUUUUGAAAAUAUUAAGAUUUAAAAUACAUCUAUUGUAGGAGCUAAUUUUUGUAGAUGUAAUUUAGGUGGAUCCUAAUUAAAAGAUGUCAACAUAAGCGGAAUUAAUCUGAAUGGAGCCUAAUUAUUUAAUUGUAAAUGGAAAGACUUAAGAAUUAAUGAAUUGUUUUUAAUAAAUGGUCAUAGAGAUGAUGUAGCAUCAGUUUGCUUUUCCCCUGAUGGAAACACAUUAGCUUCUGGAGGUGGUAGAGAAUAUGGAAAUGGUGAUUGCUCAAUCUGUCUAUGGGAUGUCAAAACAGGAUAAUAAAAAGCCAAAUUGGAUGGUCAUAGUAGUAAGGUCAACUCAGUCUGUUUCUCUCCUGAUGGAAAUACAUUAGCUUCUGGUAGUUAUGAUAAGUCUAUCCGUCUAUGGGAUGUCAAAACAGGAUAAUAAAAAGCCAAAUUAGAUGGUCAUACUAAUUGUAUAAAGUCAGUCUGUUUCUCUCCUGAUGGAAAUACAUUAGCUUCUGGUAGUAAUGAUAAGUCUAUCCGUCUAUGGGAUGUCAAAACAGGAUAAUAAAAAGCCAAAUUAGAUGGUCAUACUAGUACUGUCUACUCAGUCUGUUUCUCUCCUGAUGGAAAUACAUUAGCUUCUGGUAGUGAUGAUAAGUCUAUCCGUCUAUGGGAUGUCAAAACAGGAUAAUAAAAAGCCAAAUUAGAUGGUCAUACUAGUUGUAUAUUGUCAGUCUGUUUCUCUCCUGAUGGAAAUACAUUAGCUUCUGGUAGUAAUGAUAAGUCUAUCCGUCUAUGGGAUGUCAAAACAGGAUAAUAAAAAGCCAAAUUAGAUGGUCAUACUAGUUGUAUUAACUCAGUCUGUUUCUCUCCUGAUGGAAAUACAUUAGCUUCUGGUAGUGAUGAUAAGUCUAUCCGUCUAUGGGAUGUCAAAACAGGAUAAUAAAAAGCCAAAUUAGAUGGUCAUACUAGUUGUAUUAACUCAGUCUGUUUCUCUCCUGAUGGAAAUACAUUAGCUUCUGGUAGUGAUGAUAAGUCUAUCCGUCUAUGGGAUGUCAAAACAGGAUAAUAAAAAGCCAAAUUAGAUGGUCAUACUAGUUGUAUUAACUCAGUCUGUUUCUCUCCUGAUGGAAAUACAUUAGCUUCUGGUAGUGAUGAUAAGUCUAUCCGUCUAUGGGAUGUCAAAACAGGAUAAUAAAAAGCCAAAUUAGAUGGUCAUACUAGUUGUAUUAACUCAGUCUGUUUCUCUCCUGAUGGAAAUACAUUAGCUUCUGGUAGUGAUGAUAAGUCUAUCCGUCUAUGGGAUGUCAAAACAGGAUAAUAAAAAGCCAAAUUAGAUGGUCAUACUAGUUGUAUUAACUCAGUCUGUUUCUCUCCUGAUGGAAAUACAUUAGCUUCUGGUAGUGAUGAUAAGUCUAUCCGUCUAUGGGAUGUCAAAACAGGAUAAUAAAAAGCCAAAUUAGAUGGUCAUACUAGUUGUAUUAACUCAGUCUGUUUCUCUCCUGAUGGAAAUACAUUAGCUUCUGGUAGUGAUGAUAAGUCUAUCCGUCUAUGGGAUGUCAAAACAGGAUAAUAAAAAGCCAAAUUAGAUGGUCAUAGUGAAUGGGUCUAAUCAGUCUGUUUCUCUCCUGAUGGAAAUACAUUAGCUUCUGGUAGUUAUGAUUACUCUAUCCGUCUAUGGGAUGUCAAAAUAGGAUAAUAAAAAGCCAAAUUAGAUGGUUAUAGUGGAACUGUCUACUCAGUCUGUUUCUCUCCUGAUGGAAAUACAUUAGCUUCUGGUCAUGAUAAGUAUAUCCGUCUAUGGGAUGUAAAGACAGGUUAAGAAAUUAAAUCCUUUGAUAAAAACUAUAAAGAUAUUCUUGCAUAAUUUAUGAUUCCAAUCCAAUGUCAUAAUCAUAUUACCGAAGGUACUAUAUAUUCCCUAUCAUAUUUUAAGCCUCAAAUUACAUCACUACACUACUUAUAUCCCAAGAAAAAAUAUUUUAAGCCAAAGGAGCUUUAAUCCUUAAAGGAGAGUUUAUAAAUUAAUGGGGUAUAGAUUUAAAGACAUUUUUUAAAUAAAAAGGAAGCUGCUUUAUAGAAGAUUUAUAGAAAAAGUGAUUUUGAUCAUUAUCAAACAAACAAUUAUAUUUCCAAUCAAUCUCUUCUAUUUAGUUUUAAUUCUGUCUUUAUUAGUAUCACUCCUAACCCAUAAAGCUAGGUAAGUUUUUAUUCUUUAAAGUUUUUUUUAAUGUAUACACCACAUUUAUCUAAAUAUUAUAAAAGUACACGAUCAGUUUAGUGCAGGGAUUAUUUAAUUUAUUAUCACAUAAAUGUUAUCAAUUUACAUUUAUUUAGAUUUAAUUAUAAACGAUACUUCUUUUAAUAAAUAAUCUAAACAAAGAACCGAUUGCUAAAUGAAGAGUUUAAAAUAAAGAUCAGAUUAGUCUUAACAAAUAAUUUAUAAUUUAGUAAUGUUAGUUUAGAAAUAGCAAAAGAUAUUUUUUAUAACAAAAGAUACUUCAAAGAAUAUUGA